GCAGAUCUCAGAUGUUACAACCGUCUUGAACAGGCAACAGAAAAUGAUGGCAUCACAGGCGUCCUUCACGUUUGAGGACUUGGCUGUGGACUUCACGGCGGAGGAGUGGCGGCUGCUGGGCCAGCGCCAGAAGGACCUUUACCGGGAUGUUAUGCUGGAGACCUACGGCAGCCUGGUGUCGCUUGGGUACGAGGCGGUGAAGCCGGAUGUCAUCUCCAGGCUGGAGCAGGGAGCGGAGCCAUGGGCAGGAGCUGGAGAAAUGCCGGGGUCAGGCCCCUCUGAAGAAGCCUGGCAAGUAGAUGGUCACAUGAUCUUGCACCAAGAUGACCAAGAGAUGCUUAAAAAUAUGAAAGGAGAUCACGUGUGUGAUGAUUUUAGAAAAAGUUUCAAUCCGAACCUGAGCUUUGUUCCUUUAAGGAAAUCAAACAAUGACAGUGAUGUCGAAGGAUUAAUUUUAAAGCAUCAUUUAGAUUUACUUACUCCAAAGGCAGAUUAUGGGAAAACAGAACCAGAUAACUUGAAUGUAUUUGAAAAAUUGUUUCUCCAUGCCAAGCCUGAAGAAAGUGAUACUUGGUUGAAAUACUAUAAGUGUGUUAAGUAUGAUACUGUUAGCUAUAAGAAGUCACAGAUCAUCAUAUAUCAUCGAACUCGUCUAGGGGAGAAACUCCAUGAAUGCAGUGAAUGUAGGAAAUGCUUUAGUAAGAAAUCAAGUCUCGUUAAGCAUCAGAGCAAACAUAUAAGAGAGCUAGCCUAUGGCUGUGGUAAAUGUGGCAAAACCUUUCCCCAGAAGUCACAGUUUAUUACACAUCACAGAACUCAUACAGGAGAGAAACCUUAUGACUGCAACCAGUGUGGGAAGGCCUUCUCCCAAAAGUCACAACUCACAUCCCAUCAGAGGACACACACAGGAGAGAAACCCUAUGAAUGUGGUGAGUGUGGGAAAACCUUCUCCCGGAAGUCACAUCUCAUAUCACAUUGGAGGACACACACAGGAGAAAAGCCAUAUGGCUGUAAUGAAUGUGGGAGGGCCUUUAGUGAAAAGUCAAAUCUCAUUAACCACCAGAGAAUCCAUACAGGAGAGAAGCCUUUUGAAUGCAGGGAAUGUGGGAAAGCCUUCAGCAGGAAGUCACAGCUUGUUACACAUCACAGGACUCACACAGGAACGAAACCGUAUGGAUGUAGUGAUUGUAGAAAAGCCUUCUUUGAGAAGUCAGAGCUUAUUAGACAUCAGACAAUUCAUACUGGGGAAAAACCCUAUGAAUGCAGUGAGUGCAGGAAAGCCUUCAGAGAGAGGUCAAGCCUCAUUAACCAUCAGAGGACGCACACAGGGGAGAAACCACACGGAUGCAUUCAGUGCGGGAAAGCCUUCUCCCAGAAGUCACACCUCAUAUCGCAUCAGAUGACACACACCGGAGAGAAACCCUUUGUGUGCAGCAAAUGUGGGAAGGCCUUCAGUAGAAAAUCCCAGCUCGUUAGACAUCAGAGAACUCAUACAGGUGAAAAGCCCUAUGAAUGCAGUGAGUGUGGGAAAGCCUUCAGUGAGAAACUAAGCCUUACUAAUCAUCAGAGAAUUCAUACGGGAGAAAAACCCUACGUGUGCAGUGAGUGUGGGAAAGCCUUUUGUCAGAAGUCACAUCUCAUAUCACAUCAAAGGACACACACGGGAGAGAAACCCUAUGAAUGCAGUGCAUGUGGGAAAGCCUUUGGUGAGAAAUCAAGCCUUGCAACUCAUCAGAGAACUCAUACGGGAGAAAAACCCUAUGAAUGCAGAGACUGUGAAAAAGCCUUCUCCCAGAAGUCACAGCUCAAUACUCACCAGAGAAUUCACACAGGAGAGAAACCCUAUGAAUGCAGUCUUUGUAGGAAAGCCUUCUUCGAGAAGUCAGAGCUUGUUAGACAUCAGAGAACUCAUACGGGAGAAAAGCCUUAUGAGUGCAGUGAGUGUAGAAAAGCCUUCCGGGAGAAGUCAAGUCUCAUUAAUCAUCAGAGAAUACAUACAGGAGAGAGGCCGUUUGAAUGUGGUCAGUGUGGCAAAGCCUUCUCUCGGAAAUCACACCUCAUACCACAUCAGAGGACACACACAGGCGAGAAGCCCUAUGCGUGCAGUGAAUGUAGGAAGGCCUUCUCUCAGAAGUCACAGCUUGUUAAUCAUCAGAGGAUUCACACAGGAGAGAAACCAUAUAAGUGCAACGAGUGUGGGAAAGCCUUCUCCCAGAAGUCACAGCUCAUUAACCAUCAGCGAACUCAUGUGGUAAAGAAGUCCUUAGAAAUGAAGUUAACAUAAGUCUGUGAUAGAGAUUUUAUUGUACUUCAGGAUGUUGUGUUUGUGGUAAGUCUUUGAGAGAAUAGUAACAUCUGAGUAAUCUGAGUAGUACUUUAGGGUAGGGCUCUCAAUGAAGCUAUAUAGGGAACAUUUUCAGCAGAUAACGUGUUUAUAUAGCAGAGUCGAAUGAGGCUUUGAUCCACUGGUUUAAAAAAAGCCUUUCACACCAUUGUUAGAUCUUACUCUGUUUAAAGAUAACAGCAAAGACAAUACUGUGGAUAUCAGAAUAUCUCUCAGAGGUCAGAUCUCAUUAGCUCUUGGAUAAACUAGCCCAGUGAGGGAGGGAGGGCAAACUCCUUGAAUGCAACAAGUGAGGUCAUAUUUUCGUGAAGAAAGGGAAGCGCUGCACAUAUGAAAAUCCCUUCAGGAAUGAAAUUCUAUAAAAAUACUUAAUGGAGCAGUUUCAGCAAGUGAUCUUCCCAUGCUGUAUUUUGGAGUAUUCCCAUUUGUGGACAAGUCCAACUGUAAAAAUGUUGGAUAUAUGUGCCCCUAGAAAUAGCACCAUAAAGGGGAGCCAUAUCCUUACAGAUAUGGGCACCAAAAAUACCCAAUUCCAAAAGGUUGACAGAUUCACUUUGAAGUAUGGACGUUUUUAGAAAGUGGGAAUAAAUUGAAUCCCUGAAACAUCUAAGUAAGAACGUUCUCAGUGGUGUUUAUGGCUCCUUUUCUUGUACCACAUUGUUUUCUAUUUUGUAAUUUCAUGUGAUAAUUGGGAGCAUGACAUGCACAUGCCUUACAGUGCCUCUGAUGUCUGUCAGCAUGCAACUCGUCACUGGUUUUCAUUCUAACGCUGCUAUACAAAUGGUAACUGAAGCCAGAUCUCCUUGCUAAUUUAGUAACUUAGCUCCUAACACCACGUCUCUUUUUCCCUCAUGGUUUGUUGGCAUCUUAAAGGGUCUGUUUUUUACUGGCCUUUAUCUUGAGUAACAGAACACAAUAUAUAAAGUCUUCUGUGUCCUUGGAGCCCAAGAAAUGGGUUAUGUAAAACCCCGUCCAUAGGUAUUCAAAGAGAGGAACCAUAGAGUAGUGAUUCAUGAGGCAAGUGAGCAAAAGGUUUGGAAGUGCGAACCCUUACCCAGCACUCGAGUGAAGUGUCAGUGGUGCGUGUCUCGGUGGGUGCCUCCCUGUCUAAGUGUCAGUGUGCGCGUAUGAAGUGCUGCAUGACGCACGUACAGCCUACCUCUUCAUUUAUUAUGAUGCGAUAUGGGUGCUGUGUGCUGCUGUUAUGGUUUUGACAUUUCAUAAAAUAUCUUGUAAAAAAUUACAUGGAGAAAUAAAUUAUUUAAAUUACCAUAGAAAAUAUAAAAUACAGGGGGCCUCCCUGGUGGUGCAAGGGGUUAGGCUCCGCACUGUGAAGCAAUCCACAGCCUCUGCCAUGCGAGUUCGAUUCCCGGCCGGCCAGGGAGCAAUCCGCAUGGCCCGUCAGACCUCUCCUGUCUUGCCUACUGCUCCCCUCAGCAGUGGAUUUCAGUCAGUCUGCCUGUUCUGCUCCCCAUUCUGCCUCUGGUGAAUCCUCUCCCACAUCUCUGGCCUGUACUCCAGCUCUCGUAUGCAUGAAUAGAUAAAUCUUUAAAAAAAAAAUGUAAAAUACAGAAAUUUUGUGGUGAGAAAUACAUUUUUGAUGUAUCCCAGGAAGCUUGUUUUGCCUUCAUGAAUUUCUGUGUUGACUACACCGGUAUUAGGAGACAAUAUCUUUUUUUUUUUUUAAAUAUUUAUUUACUUAUUUGUUUAUUUAUUUGUGCAAGCACUGGGUACAGUCAGAGCCGCGUGAGGGUGAGAGGAUUCACCAGAGCCAGAGCGGGGAGCAGAACAGGCAGACUGACAAAGUACACUGCUGAGGGGAGCAGUGGGCACAACCGGAGAAGUCUGCACGCCAUGUGGGACCCUCACUGGUGGCCGGGGAUCAAACCAGCGCUGCGGGAGCUUCACAGCCCAGCGCUCAACCGCUGCGCCACCAGGGGAGGCCCAUACAAUAUCUUCUUUUGUCAUGUAAAAUAUAUUUCCAUGUGGGAGUAGUCCCGUUGUGAACUUAGUAUUUUGUAGUUAUGUUUCCCUUUGGAAGUGCAUGCCUGCCCCUACCCCGCCAAACGGGCACCUUGUAGUGAGCUCUCUGGUGAAGUCAACAGUAUUUUUUGUAUGAUGAACGUCAGAAAAGUUUAAGAUUAAUCUUCUUUCUAAACUAGGAAAAGUCAAGACUUUUCUCAUACACAAGCUGUCUUACCCGUGUGGUGUGUUUCACCUUUGAUUCUGACAGCAUUUUUUCUUCUACCCAUUUUACAUUAUUAUUGAGCAAUUGGAACUUAAAUAUGAGUAAAUUUACAAGCCAGUGCACCAGAAUUUCAACAGCCAACUAAUCCUGAAUUUUCACAUGAUAAUUAAGAGUUCAGUUUCCUGAUGUUUUAUAUAUACUCAAGAUUUAUAUCCUGCUUAAUACCUGAAAGUCAUUUUACCAGACAAGGGAAAAAGACCUUUGUUAAUGAGUUCAUAGUUAGUGUAGUUCUAAUCUGUGGUUUCCCCCCUUCCAUAUGUCAUGAUUCGCUGGCGGCCAGGGAACGAACCGGCGCUGCAGAGGCUGCGCGCAGCCUCCCGGCCAAGUGCUCAACCGCUGCGCCACCAGGAGAGGCCCUGUCAUGAUUCUCUUUUCUAUUCCCAGAGAUUAAUCUGUUAAAUUUUGAACUAUGAAGUGUGUUUUGUAACAAUUUUGUAAUUUUGCUCACUUCUAGUUUAUUCUGUUAAUGCAGCUAAACCUUGUAUUUCCUUCACUAGGUAAUGGAGCCUCAGCACUAGUCUGUUGGUUGAACAUUCCAGAGGUGGUGGGGGGGGGGAGUUAUUUUCGUGUCAGUUUUUAAAUUACCUUGGUAAACAAAAACAUUUCUCCUCUAGCCUUGCUGGUGGCCCAGGGGUUACUCUCGGUGCUAUCGCUGCUGCGGCCUGAGUUCAAUCCCUGGCCAGGGAGUUGACUCACAUGGCACAGCAGACCUCUCCUGUUGGGCCUGCUGCUCCCCCUCAGCAUUGGGUUUCAGUGGAUCCACCUGUUCUGCUCCCCACUCUCUGGUGAGUCCUCUCACUCCCCACCUCUGGCCUGCACCCCAGUUCUACGCAAAUAUUAAAAAAUAAAUUUAACUGAAAAAAAACCCACAACAUUUCCCCUCAUUGAUUCCUUCCACAAACCCCAAAUCAAGAAGAAAGCAGGUUCUAAAGUUACACUGCUUUGCUGUGCUUGCUUGGAGUACAGUCACGCUGAGCUAGGCUGUUGAAAGAGCCUUUUUUUUUUUUUUUUUUUAAAGAUUUAUAUAAGAACUGGGGUACAGGCCAAAUGCAGGGGAGGGUGAGAGGAUUCACCAGAGACAGAGUGGGGAGCAGAACAGGCAGACUGACUGAAAUACACUACUGAGGGGAGCAGCGGGCGCGAGAGGUGAGGUCUGCCCCACCAUGUGGGUUGCUUUCCGGCCGGCUGGAAUCGAACCAGCACUGCAGAGGCUACAGACAGCUUCACAGCGCAGCGCUCAAUCACCUGCGCCACCAGGGAGACCCAAGAGCCUCUUUUUUUUUUUUUUUAAGAUUUAUUUACUUAUACAAGAACUGGUGUACAGUCAGGGGUGCGGGAGGGUGAGAGAAUUCACCACCAGAGACAGAGUGGGGAGCAGAACAGGCAGACUGACCGAAGACACUGCUGAGGGGAGCAGUGGGGAGACAGGAGAGGUCUGAUGCACCAUGUAGGUUGCUCCCAGUCAGGAAUUGAACUGGUGCUGCAGAGGCUGCAGACAGCUUCACAGCGCAACGCUCAACCUGCUGCACCACAGGGGUGGCCCCCCCUUUUUUUUUUUUUAAAGAUUUAUGCACACAAGAGAUUCAGUGCAGGCCAGAGGUGCGGGAGUGAGAGGACUCCCCAGACAGAGCAGGGAGCAGAACAGGCAGAUCCACUGAAACCCACUGCCGAGAGGAGCAGCGGGAAGACAGGAGAGGUCUUCGGCACACUAUGGGUAGCUCCCUGGCUGGGGUUGCACUCAGGCUGCAGAUCACAGCACUGAGUCUCAAUCCUUGCGCCACCAGGGAGGCCCCAAGAACCUUCUCUUAUCUCACUGUGAGGCUCGUGCUCUGGCCUUGGACUCCAGCAGGUUCUGCAGUCACAGUUCCACCCACGGAAACGUGGGUUUUUGGAGGCUUGUCCUGACUUUGGGGCCUGUCCCGGGGGUGAUGUGGAGCUUUUCAUUGUGGGCCGUGAGGCCUCCUGACCAGCCUCUCUGCAGAGACCUGGAUGGAGCUCUCAUGCUUUGGGUCCGAGGACAUCUCUGGAGAACCCUGAGCAGAUCUCUGACUGCACCCGUGGGAGGAAUACCACCCUGCAGGCACCUGGAUGGACCCAGGCCUCGCUGGGUCAUCCACCCCAGCAUCCAAGCUCUGGCUGCUCGUUGCAGCAUUGUGGCUGGCACCCAGCAUCCCGCCCUGGCCCAACUGCUGCUCCGGAACCUCCCCGUUUCUCUGCAACCGCGUGCCUGCCUCUGCACCUGUCAAGCGCACUCUCUAAGUCAGUUUUUUACACUUGCAGUGUUUAAGAGGAGAUUCUGAUUACACCGUUGGUGGAGAACUGGUUCGCUGUGGGUUCAAGAAAUAACGCGUGUGUGGACUUUGCACAAGUGCACGUGUCUCCAUCAGCUUUGAACACUUCGCUCCGCAGUGUGGUGGUGGUGAACUACUUGCAGUAGUGAACUACUUGAAUGUUGGUGAACUACUUGAAUUUCCCACCACCUUUUGUCAUCCAAGCUUUCCUGAGUCUGACCCUGAAAUGCCUGUGUUCUGACUCGUGUCUGCCCGGCUGCCUCCGCCAGCGCUGGUUUGUCACCGUGGGCAUGUGACCCCUGUGGGCUUUCGCUUCUCUGCCGGCUCCUGGCAGUGGCUCGUUUAUAUGAUUCUAGCAGCUCGGGCUGUUACAUCUGGCCACGGGGGCGCUUGGGGGCUGCGCUGCUGCCACGUCGAGUUGCCUGUGAUGCAGGUCAAAGGGGUUAAGGAGGGUGAAGAAUUAAUUGCAAGGAAAUAAAAUAUUUGGAGAUAUAAGCAAGACGAAGGGCAAACAACCCAGCCCUGCCUCUGGACGUCCAGGGUAGCCCUGCCCUUCCUAUGGCCCCUUGUCAGGCCUGUGAGCGGCCCGCGUACCCCAAUAAACGCCCGUGUUUGCCUCCACUGCUGCAGGUUGUGUUUG